ACCACCCUGCUGCAGAACCACCAUCAACAAAGCCUGGAGGCCAGCCGCUCCUUCGCGGCGCGCACUCAUGCACGCUCGCAGAGGGGUGAGCACCGCGGCCCGGGGCGCGCGGGUGCCAGGAGCUGGCUACGCAGUUCUCCGCUGGGCCGAGCCCUGAGCGCUGGCGCGCAAGCACCUGGCACGCGUGCGCGGUGAGUGCACCAGGGCCGGCCCGGAGCCGACCGGGACGAGUGCGGGGAAACAGCUGCUGGGCAGGUGGGAAAGAAGGCGGAAUGUCGCUACCUGCCGGGUGCCGGACUGCUGCGGAGUUUCUGUAGGUUGCCUGAUCUAUGGAACCCAACCAAGUCGUUUUCACAGGAUUCGGGGAGGCUUUUAAAAAUGAGAAGCUGUAUACAAAUAUAAAUAUAAGCAAUGGUGAAGAAAAUGGGAGAAUAUAAGCGAUGGUGACGACUCCUUCCCAGGAAAAUUGAAUGAGGCGUGAACAAUCAAGGCUGGGGUAGAGAGAACAGAAAGCUGCUAUCCCGAAGAACCUGCAGACAUGGCCGAUCACGGGGCAGAUGAGCCGUCCUCUGGGUCAGGGAGUCCAGAUGGGGAGGGUCCAGAUUCUGAGGACAGAUCGUCGCUGCAGCAGAGGCUGGCCAUCAGGGAGCUCAUCGACACCGAGGUCUCCUACUUACACAUGCUCCGACUCUGCGCCUCCGACAUCAAGAGCCGGCUCCAGCAGCUGCCGCAGGGAGACCUGGAUGUGCUGUUCUCAAAUAUGGAUGAUAUCAUCAAGGUGAACGGCAGAUUUCUUCACCAUCUGCAGGAGUCGGCUUCUGAGGAAGAACAAGUGCAUCUAAUAGGGAACUUGUUCCUGGACUUCCAAGAGGAGUUCGAGCAAGUCUACAAGGUCUACUGUGUCAGCUAUGACCAGGCCUUGCUGCUGGUGGAGACGUACCAGAAAGAGCCAGAGUUGCAACGGGAAAUCCAGAGCAUCGUUGAGGCAGUGGUGCCCCAAGCUGGACGUUCAGGCCUCAGUUUCUUGCUGGUAAUCCCUCUGCAGAGGAUUACCAAGUAUCCGUUGCUGCUGCAGAAAAUUCUGGAGAACACACUUCCCAAUGCCCAGGCCUACGCUGUCCUCCAGAGGGCCGCCUCUGCCCUCCGGGAUGUCAAUGCCAACAUCAAUGAGUACAAGAUGCGCAAGGAAGUGGCUUCCAAGUACACCAGGGUGGAGCAGCUGACCCUCCGGGAGCGGCUGGCCCGCAUCAACACACACACCCUCUCCAAGAAGACCACCCGGCUGAGCCAGCUGCUGAAGCAGGAGGCAGGGCUGGUGCCCAGGACGGAAGACAAGGAGUUUGAGGACUUAGAAGAGAGGUUCCAGUGGGUGUCAGUGUGUGUGACUGAGCUAAAGAGCAACGUGGCUGCUUACCUGGAUCAUCUGGAGGCUUUCCUUCACUUCAGGCCGCAUGACUACGAUCUGGAUGUGUCCGAGGGGCCCGUGGCACACUACCGCAGCCUGGCCAGGGAUCUACAAAGUGAGGCCUUCCUGGAGUUUAAACAGCGGCUGGAAGGCCUGGUGUGGCAGCCGCUGUGCAGCCUGGGCAAAGCCCUAGCUGGCCCUCAGAACCUAAUCAAGAAGCGUCUGGACAAGCUGCUGGACUUUGAACGGGUGGAAGAGAAGCUUCUGGAGGCAGGCAGUGUGACCUAUGAGGAGGAGGCGGCCCGGCACACGUACCAAGCGCUUAAUGCCCUGCUGGUAGCCGAGCUCCCACAGUUUAACCAGCUGGCUAUGCAGUGGCUGGGCCAGCUCCUGUGCACAUUCGUGGCCCUCCAGAGCGACCUGGCAAAGCAAGUGCUGCAGAAGGCAGAGGGCAGCAUGGCUCAGCUGCCCCACCGCCACCUCUCAGAACCUGCCUUCAGGAAGCUGGUGGAAGACACCCUAGGCCAAACCAGUGCCUGGCUUCACUCCUUCCAAGAGGGCUUUGAGAAGGUGCUGCCACCUCCCACCGUGCAACCUCUGCUGCCAGGAUCUGAACGCCAGGUGCAAGCUCUCCUGAGCAAGUAUGGCCCUGGGAAGCUGUACCAGGUGACAAGCAACAUCAGUGGGUCAGGGACCCUGGACCUGACCCUGCCACGGGGCCAGAUCGUGGCCCUGCUUCAAAACAAGGACACCAAAGGCAACAGUGGCCGCUGGCUGGUGGACACCGGGGGCUAUCGAGGGUACGUGCCAGCUGGGAAACUGCAGCUAUACCACAUUGUUCCAAAUAAUAAGGAGCCCAGAGGACAGGCGGGCCCACAUGUGGACUCCCAGCAGCCAACACUGCUGCCCACCCCAGCCCCUGUCCCCUCUGUCCCUGCUGUGACCCAGGUGGUGGCGGUGUACCCCUUUGUGGCCAGGAGCCACCAUGAAGUGAGCCUGCAGGCCGGCCAGCCUGUGACCGUCCUGGAGGCUCAGGACAAGAAGGGGAAUCCGGAGUGGAGCCUGGUGGAGGUGAACGGACAGAGGGGAUAUGUGCCCUCCAGCUUCCUGGCCCGGGUCUCAAGCCCAGCAUCGUGGGGCUGGAGUCUCCCCUCUUAGCACGUUCUCCUUGGAGCCCUUGUUGCCUAAAGAGGAGAAUAGAGGCUGUGACCCUGGAGGAAGAGAAAGAGUCGAAGGGAAGCCCAGGCCGGCGUGGGGGAAGGGCACUGGAAAGCAGACAGAACAGGGGGGUGGGUCACAGAGGCUUAAGGCAGGACCCCUCACUUGGUCUGCACAGGGAAGCCUCACCCCAUGCUGAGGUCACACACCCUAGACAGCAGGUUGCAGCUGAUUGACCGGUCUGGUUGACACCUCCAUCAAAGCCUGCCAGAGGGAGUGGGCUACCCAGGUGAAUGUUACGUGUGUGCUAUAUGUUUACAGAACUGCCCUGCUUCACAGUUCACUGCCUGUAUAUGGCAUCAAAACACACUCUGGCUGGUGGUGGUCACUGACUCCUUGAUUUGAGCUUUGGGGUUCUGGACAGUGAACCAUGGGGAGCCCUUCUGAUCCAGGACACUGUGGGUUCAUCCGUGCAGUGAGGAGUUCCCAGGAGAACUCUGGACUGGGCCAUGAGUGGGUGUGACCAAGUCACAAUUCUGGAAUGUACGUGGGCAAAUUCAGAGGUGGUUCCCAGGAAGAGGGGACUUUUGACAGAGUGUCUGGUGCGCCAGGGGACAAAGGGACAUGCAAAGCAGCCAGGAACCUGAAGUAAGCUGUGGUGGGUGGGGGAAGUCGAGUCAUGCCUUGUUUCCCUGUUUCUGGCAACAAGGGGAGCCAGGGGGCUCUGCGGUGGUUUCGGGUUGCUUCCAAAGGCAUAGAGGCAGCAGUGAUGUGAUGUCAGCUGGCUUUGGCAUGGCCGCAGCAAGUGUUUCCCCUCUGGGAAGCCCUGACUUACAGGGUGCUGGUGAGAAUAAAGUGAGGCUAAGAACAUGGAGGCCUUGGCCGCCUGUGAAGUGUGACACCAAUGUCAGAGGCCCCAGCCGGCCAGGCUAGUGAGUGGGAGUGGCCCAUCAUCCUGCCCUCCCUGGGGCAGCAGGCAUUGGCACCAACACAAUGUCCUUUCCUAUUGUCCCGGAAUCUAUCUGGGGUUCUUCUCAAUACUGCAUUCAGGGUAGCCCUUGAACUUGGAAUGUGAGUCAUUCCCCAAUUACACCAUAAACAGUUCUGCUUCCAAGACCCUGGAGGCUGUGAUGGCCAUGGUCACAGCUGCCAUAUCACCUCUAGGCCAUUGCCAUGGGCUGGGAUACAUGACAGGAUUCACAGGAAAAGGAAAAAGCAUGCAUUGUGAUUCUUGCACGGCUUGGAAGGUUCUCAAGCAACCUGAGUCAGUGUGUGUGAAGCAUGGUGAUUCAGACUCUGCUGAGAACACCUCUGUAGCAUAACUGGGGUGCCUAGCUGUUAGCCCUGCUUUUGGAAGGGCUUUUGUUUGAUGUCUGGGUCAGUCCACAGCUCGACACCUCGGAGCUCGGAGGCUGUACAAUGCAAGACAAACUGAGUUGUCACAGUGCCUGCCCCAGCACCACAUACCUUUUAUAGGAUUCUCUUGACUCAUUGUCCUUCUCCUCUUUGAUAAAAAUAGUUACCAUAGAGGAACAGGUAAUAGAAUGGGAAGUCUACUUGCAGGUUCCCCAGGGCUUGCUGGGAGCACAUUGUGAGCUGGGCUCAGGGCCCCCCACCGUGGCUGCUCACUGGGCAGUGGGGGGGUGGGGAGGGUGGGAGGGCAAUGAGGGCAGCCAGGAUCUCUGUCAGGGUCUCAUCUCACUGACCAGGGGGGCAGUCCAGGCCCUGGGAACUCAGGGAUCUCCCCAGGCUCUUCCAAGGUGUAAGCCAGGCUUGGGGACACAUAGCCCUGUGCUCAGCAGUGGCUGGUUGCUGUCACGCAGGCUGUGUUCCAUGCGCACCUCGUCCUCACUCUUCCAGACAGGGCAGCGCCAGAGGCAGUUGGAGAGAGGACAGCCUGUUCUGUUAGGGCCCAGAAUGUAUAUUAAUUAAGUGCCAUUAAAAGGGACCUGAGCAGAAUCGGAUGUUCUUAUAAGGAGAAAAUUGUUCUUAAUGUUCUUAAGGAGAAAAUUGGAAUAGCACUUGGAGUCAAGUCUAUCUUGUGGCGGGAAAACAAAGAUGUCGUCAGUAGCAUGUAGGUUAUGGUUCUUGUAGACCUGGGGAUAAGAUCAAAAUUCACUGCAGGGUAAGAAAGUGCGUGUUAGGAAGCUGGAAUGUGCUCUGUGUUGUCUUCAGGGGACUCUGUGUGAUGUGCCUUGCUCCUCCUCCCCCGCCUCUGCCCUGGCUGCCUAGAACCGUUGCACUGUUUCUUAUUUAUUUCACUGCUGAGCUGUUACAUACUAAACUGGCUAAGAGAUCCAUGAGCUGAAGACUGCUCCUGGAGCGGGGCAGUGAGACCCUUUAAGCCAUUUGCCUUCUCCUCCCCACCCCACCCCACUCCCGCUCAGUUUUGGAUGCGAGGACGAGAUUCUAUGGUAUCAGAGGACAGAUGAAUGAAUGAAUCCGUGGUUCAUAUGACAGAUAUCAGCUUGAUGAGUAACUGAUGUGAACUACUCGGAAUAAAGGCUGGCGAGGAUGAAUGUGUCUGGGAUGUGUGACUGUAAUCACUGGGUAGUCAGGUGCCGAUUCUUCACGACACUUGCCAAGAAUAAAAAUGACACCGUG